CUUGAAGUCAGCGCGAGGCGAUGGAUGUCGACCAAGACGAUUCGUAUGAUGACGGACCGAGUCCGUGGAUACUAUGGCAGCGACACGUCAGUCUCACCUUCAUAGCUCUCUGCAACUGAGCACGAGAUUCCUCUCCCUGUGCAUUGUCCCUGUGUGCCUUCCUGUGCGUGUGUGUGUGUGUGUGUGUGCAGAACACCCCGCCGGCGAGGGUGGCCACAGGAAGGGCGAAACUGCCCCCACAGCGAAGACGGAGCAAGGCCCCGGAGACACUCGCGCACAGCUCGCGCAGACGGGGCUCUUCCGCCGCUAUGCCUCUCGCCUGAUGGGGCCAUCCAGGACCAAUGCCCAGCUGACGACCCACAUGAGAAUCUCGGUACGGCUGUGGCUGGAGGACCAAAGGAACAAACAACGAAUGAAGAGGGAGAGGGAAAGGGAGAGGGAGAGGGAGAUGAAGGCUGAGGAAGGUUUUGAUGCCACUGGGCCGCUUCUGGUGCCGGUUGACCCAAUCAACCAGAAAGAGCAGCAGCAGCAGCAGCAGCAGCAGCAGUACGGCGCUAUCAUCGAUGAGAAGGAGGAGCCCAUCGUCGAAGACCUACCCAUGGCCAAUCAGGAGCAGCCGAUGGAGCAGCAGCAACAGCAGCAGGAGCAGCUGCAGCAAGAAGAGCCUCUAGUCUCUGCGACAGCUCCUGCAAGCUCGGUAGGUAACGGCACCUCUUUAUAUGUUGUGCGGGGAGGAGUGAGAGAGGUGAGUGGUCAUGUGAUGUGUGUGGUGUGUGUCUCUCUCGUGCAGGGCAUGUCGUGGGAGGACAGACUGGCAAUCGAAGAAGAGAUUCAGCAAGUGUACGUAGGCAACUCUUCUUGUGUGCACAUCUCCAUCUCUCUCGAUGUGCUCUUGUGUGUGCAGGAAGAUGGAAAUGGAAAUCAAACAUAUGGACUUCCUGCGUCUCUAUGGCGAGGAGCCAAAUGUUGCCACCAGAAGUGACCAGUCGGCUGCUAAGGAGAUCGAGGUACACAACAUUUCCCUUGGUGCAUCAAGUGUCAAUAAUGCUCGUCGAAAUGAUUGCUCUCACAGGAUGAGCGCCAAGAACGAAGGGCGCGAAAGCCAGGAAAGACACAGAGACGUGCCAACAAGGUACCUUUCAUUCUUACCUCAAUCGCCGCUGUGGAUAGCUGUUGUCCAUCUUUAGAAGCGUCGUUGCUCGCGCCGUGAAGACAAUUCAGGAGAGACACAAGAAGGGUAAGGUAGAUGGCACUUCACAGUAUCGAGGUACUUGAGUCUCUGCCUGCCUGUCUGCCUGUCUGCCUGUCUGCCUGCGUGUGCUCAUUCAGCGAGUCGGAGACUCCGACAGACCUUUACGGAGAACUCGACGUCGAGAAGCUCGUUCGCAUGGUCGCGGUAGGCACAAAUGGACGAGUCGAUGUACUUCAUUCCACUGGGCCCGCACUUGUAGGAGGAAGCCAGUGAAAGGAGCGCACAGGCGCCGUUUCGGGAGCAGUCACAAACACACAAACAAGCUCACAGCCGGUGCGUACGAUGGUAGUACCACUUGUUCCAUCCAUUUGUGUCAUGCCUUGUGUCUUGUGUGUCUUGUGUUGUACCCUGUGAGCAGCAAAGUUCAGACAGUAUGGGCUCCGCCGCCGGGCUUCUACACGAAGCUCUCUACACCACCACACUCGUCUCACGGGCUGGCCCGGAGCGAGUCAGGGAGCUGGUCGAACCCCAAACGCCGCUACAAUUACAACGCCGUGAAGGCAAUCAUGAGAGAAGAGAAUGUACGUCUGGGCGGGGCGUAUUGCCUUUCCCUCUAUGCACAGACGGUCUCCCUAUGUAUCUCACAUCUGUCUUGUCAGGUAGACAUCUUUGAAUCGGAUGUUCUUCUGACUCCGAUUCGGCGGGGGCUGGAAGGGCAGAAAGUGGGUUGCCAGCAAAACGAGCCGCCCUGGAAGCUGGGAGUGGUGGACAUGAAGUAAGUCAGGUCCUGUGGUAGAGAGACACACUUUGGCACAUACAAAAUUACGACUGCUCGCUCUCCGUCCCUCUGUCCAUGUGUUUAGGAAGGAAACCAUUGCCGUGCUGAAUCCGAUGGUACAGGCGGAGAAUGGCAAGCCACGAAACUGGACUCUCUGCCACGACGACCAGUGAGUGGGUGAAUGGCUUUAACCAACGAACAAACGAAUGAACGCAAUGGUCUGGAUGUCAGGUUUCUAUCCAGAAUGCGGCAUUUCCUUUACGAUGAAAAGUGUCGACUGGAAGGAAGAGGCAAAAGGGAGCACUUUGACAAGUGGAAGGCACAAGAGGUGGGUGAGCAAAUGAAGGGUAGGCAGUGUACUCUCUCUCCUGUCCGCCUGUUGCAGGCUUCUUCUAUGAGGCCGCCCGCAAACAUCGAAAAGGACGCGGAUCUUUAUACGGUGCUUUACGCUGCCUCCUACUGCACACGGUGGUAGGGGCACAAAAUGCACGUCACAGGGAGUACACACCAAUACGGGGGCCUUCAUGUGGCUGCAUGCAGGAAGAACGUGCCUGUUGCUAUUGAGCGAAUCUCUGAUGUGGACAAGGAAAGAAUUCUGGGCGAGUUGCGUGAAGAGAUGGUAGGCAACGAAGUGAUAGACAAGAGCGUGUCUCCUCCUCCAUGCUCAUGCUGCGAUGGCUGUUCUCUCUGUCUGUGUGUGCGUGCAGAACAUUGCUGCGCAAAGAGGCGGAGGCGUCUAUCCGGUGUUGCAAACCUUGCUCGCGACUGGCUGCCCCCGUAUCGGUGGUUAGGGGGUAGCUCAGAUCCUUUCCGACAAAAGUAAAAAAUAACCGCGCAGAUGGUGUGAUUCAAUCGGGUGUAGUGACCGGGGGUCCACUCGCAAACGUCGAGAAUCUCGACAUGCAGGCCCCAUUUCGCAUGUGACCCGCAUAUAAUGAAAUUGCAGAGAA